GGCAGUAAAUGGGCAUGUAUGCGUGACCACAACCAGAGAUGAUCUUCUUCGCCGACCAGACAGAAAGGUCGAUCUCCUUCCUUCGCUUCCCCUCCUAUCGGCCUUUGCCCCCAUCUUUCAUUAGGGUUCGUUUGGUCGGUGCCGGGUAAUGUCAUCCGCGAAGGAAAGAGAUCGUUUCAUCUGCAAUUGAGCUUAAGUCGGUCGCAAUGGAAAUGGCGGCGCGGCUAUUCUGUGAGCUCCCCCUCAGACCACCAUCUCCUCCUCCUCCUCCUAUCAGAGUUGCUCCCUUGCUCCGCAAAAGGUCGUCCGCCACAUGCCUUCUUCCUCGUACAUCUUCGCGGUUAGGCGCUUGUCAUGCGGCCUCGAGAGACCACCCUUUUCCCCUCUGCUACUGCGAGGAAGAGGAGAGGCAGGAGCUCUCGUGGGAGUCCUACGACCGUUGGAUCCAGGCCCAUUGCUCGAGGGGCCGCCUUGACCGUUCCCUGGACCUGUUGGCUCGGAUGGAGGCUUCCGGGAUGCGCCCCAGCGCCGCAUCCUACGCCCGUCUCGUCCGCGCCCUCGGGAGCGUCGGCCGGACUCUGGAGGCCGACGCCGUCUUCCGGGAGAUGAAGUGGGCGGGUCUCCGGCCGGGCCUCAGGGACUACAACGCGCUGCUGCGGGCGUUCCUGAGGAAGGGGCAGCUGCGGCUCGCCGACUGCUUGCUGGUGGAGAUGGGCGAGGAGGGCGUCGGCCGGAACAGGGAGACCUACCUGCUCCUCCUCGACUCCUACGUCCGCGCCGGGCGCCUCGAGGACACCUGGUGGGUGCUGGGAGAGAUGAAGCGGAUGGGGUUCCCCCUCGACUCCCGCGCUUACAGCCAGGUCCUCAGGCUCUACAGGGACAACGGGAUGUGGAAGAAAGCGAUGGGCCUCGUGGUGGAGAUGCGGGAGCUCGGUGUCGCGCCCGACGGCAGGAUCUACAACGAGAUCAUCGAGACGUUCGGGAAGCACGGUCAGCUAGAUGAGGCGGUGAAGAUGUUCGAGACGAUGCAGGGCGAGGGUCUGAAGCCAGAUAUCGUCGCCUGGAACGCUCUCAUCCGGUGGCAUUGCCAGGCCGGCCAUCUCAAGCAGGCUCUCGAGUUCUUCACCAAGAUGCAGGAAGAGGGGUUAUACCCUGACCCCAAGAUCUUCACCACCAUCAUCACCCGCCUGGGGGAGCACGGAAGGUGGGAUGAGAUCAGGAACAUCUUCGAGAGCAUGAAAUGCAGGGGUUUCCGGAACAGUGGGAUCAUAUACGCAGUCUUGGUGGAUAUAUAUGGUCAGUACGGCAUGUUUCAGGAUGCUGAGGAGUGUGUGGCUGCUCUUAAAGCAAAAAAGCUGCAGCUUUCAGCGAGUGUCUUCUGUGUACUGGCAAAUGCGUAUGCUCAACUGGGGUUGUGGGAACAAACCAUAAAAGUACUAAGAAUGAUGGAAGAAGAAGGGAUUGAACCAAAUCUUAUUAUGCUGAACUUGUUGAUCAAUGCAUUUGGUAUUGCUGGAAGGCAUUUGGAGGCACUGGCAGUUUUUGAACAUAUCAAGGAGAGUGGCAUUAGUCCAGAUGUGGUUACUUAUAGUACUCUGAUGAAGGCAUUCAUGAGAGCAAAAAAAUAUGAUCAGGUCCCAGUAAUUUAUAAGGAAAUGGAAUGUGCUGGGUGCACACCAGACAGAAAAGCUAGGGAGAUACUGCAAAAUGCUAUAAUUAUACAUGAACAGAGAGGUGGUGGUCCUUCGCUCAGGGAUGGUUAGAUGUUGCCUCAAAUCAAAGUGCUCUCAUCUAAAUAAGGAUGUGUGCAAUACUUUUGGAUCGAAAUAGUUUCCAAGCAUAAUAGACAUCCAUGAGCUUGUGUUAACAAAUUUCUGCUUUGGGACAAAGAAUUCAAAUAUUGUCGAUGUUGUUACUGCUACUUACCAAAUGUCCUCAUAUUAGUUGGACUGAUGACAAUGAUUGGGAGUAAUGAUCUGAACAAUUCUUAUAUCCACCAAGAAAGCAAGCAGAAGCGCGUUACAUGAUCGCCUUGCAUCAUGGUGUAUCCAUACUCAUGAAAUUGAGGAGGAGAAUGUGUUGGCUUUCUGAUCAGAUCACUCUGUCUAGCAGCUCCAAGAGGCAAAAUUUUGUGUGGCUGCUACUAGGCUAUUUCCUUCAGGACAACAACUUAGCACUUUGGCCUGGUUAUGUUCCCGACAUUUUGCCUAUGAGAUGGCCACUUUCUUCCCAGAAUCUGUUUAGGAACUGCUACUGUUGACCCUGGGGCACCCUGAUUUACUCCUUGAGGUGUUCGAUUUCUGCAUGAUCCUGCUGAUAUACUCCAUCGCUAGUGAAUUUUUGUUUUUAUUAUAUACUUCACAACCUUUCAGUUAUGUUCAAUCUCUCUCUCUGUGUGUGUGUGUCUGCGCGCGCGUGCGCCUGUGUGUGUGUGUGAAGUGAGGAAGCUCUCUGACUUGAUUCUUGUUGCUGCGUAGCAACUGUGGACACAUUAUUUCUUCUAAAGGAACUUGGGUUAUCAAAUUAACUGCAAAAUGGGCUUGGGAUAUCAAGUUAACAUGACAACCUUGGGAACUUGUUGGAAAUAUUUGGGAGCCCCUGACGAAACACAAGGGAACAGGGUUAGUUUGUACAAGCUCCCUGAUUCUCCUAGUUGGAAGCUACCGUCAAAUGACAUCUUCAUGGAUGAAAGCAUACGUGUUACUGCUGAAACCUGGACGACUACUGAUUUCUUGUUUUCCUUUAUGAUCGGUUUAUCUCUGAUUUAUUUUUUGCCCCCUGAUAGCGAAUCAAAACAUGAUAUUUUACAUUUAAGAUGUACCAAAAAUAGCACAAUUUCUUCAAAUCAAACCUUGCGCAACUUUUUGUUCCGGA